UUAUCUUCAAAAGUUUUUAUUUAUAAGUAUAUAAUUGCGUUAUUUUUAUAAACAAAAUAAUGGAUAAAAAAGAUAAUAGUACAUCCGAAGAAAAGAAACCGGUAACGAUAAAAAAUGCUACCGAUUUACAAAGACUAAAGUUGGAAAAACUAAUGAAAAAUCCUGAUAAGCCAGUAGUGAUUCCGGAUGGACCAAGGCAAAAAUCUUUACCUCCGCCUCCUGACUUUGUACGCAAUGUGAUGGGAUCAAGUGCUGGAGCCGGCUCUGGCGAAUUUCACGUUUACAGACAUUUAAGAAGAAAAGAGUAUGCAAGACAAAAGUUCAUUCAGGAAAAAAGUGAAAAGGAAAAGCUAGAUGAUGAAUAUCAUAGGAAAAUAGAAGAAAACAGACUGAAAGCCUUAGAAAUGACUGCCAAAAAGCGUGCAAAAAGGUUAAAGAAAAAGCAAAAAGCUAAAAAAGCAAAGAAACCUAACACAGAAAGCAAAACAGACUCUCAAUCUGCCUCAGAUAGUGAAAACUCCAAUGAAGAUACUGAGAAUCCAGAAAAUAACAACUCAAAAGAAGAAUAAAUUGUCACAUUUUCAGGGUU